AUAUCGACACAUGUAUCGUGACAGAUUUAAAAAAAUAUAUAUAAUUAUAUGUUUGUGCCUUGGUGAUAAUGACAAAAUGACUACAAACGUAGUCCAAUAUUCCCAUGGUUUUCAACCUUAUUUAUUGUUCUGUUUACAAGUAGAAUAGUCUCACAACAAACCAUAAUAUACAUGUAAAUAUGUCUGCUUUAUCAGUUUACGUGUGUGGGGCCACAAAUGCUAUAAGGCCAGUCUGCUCACAUGGCGGCCCGCCAAAAACCUCUUUGUGGCCCAGCCAGUGAUGCUACCAGAAACAAUGAGAAAAGACUAGACAAACACUUUUAACUGUCAAAUAUUCCUACAUAAAGUCCUACAGUAGCACUGGCCAUGUGUGGGUCAUAUGUGACAAAUAUUUACAUUUUAAAUUUAAAAUUCGGUUUGAAAAGGUGGCCCUGCUGAGUUUGUAUUUGAAUAGCCCUGCUAUAAGGUGUGAAUGGAAAACUAGCGUAGAAAAUGAAGGGAGAGCUCAAUCAUUGCUGAGAUUAACAAUGUAUAUGAACGUGUGCCGACUGUGCACUGACUCGUUUGUCGUUUGUUGUGUGUUUCUUUAGGAUUGCGGAUGAGAAAACAUGUGCCGUCGCUGCUCACCUGAGGGAUGAAGAUCAUAUCAACAGACAGGAGUCUGUUCCUGCACACGCACACAUUCCUACAGUCUCAGAUGUAACAACAAAUCAAAUGAGUCAAUCAGUGCUGCAGAUGAGUCACAGCCCUCUUCUGUGAGCGCAGGCAUCGACAUGCAGCUCCACGUUGUGACUGGACAGCAGAUGAAGGGGGAGGCGUGGUGCAGGGAGGGAGGCGGCUCCCUGGGAAUGUCUUAAACACUGCAUCACCAGCUCACCUCAGCUAAUUACUGCGUGGGUUGUCAAAAACUGGUCGUGUGUUUGUGUUUCUGCUGCGGCUCGGAGGCUCAGGUAUGGGGGCCUGAAAAACCAACCUGUGGACAUGAACCUCUACAGGAGCUUUGGAAACCUUAUGGAGGCUUGGGUAAAUGAAGGAAAUCUGUACACAGACCCUCCCACACCUUCCUCAGACAGUGGGACAAACUUCCGCUCACAGUCGGUGGACUCUGGCGUGGAGACGGCCAGCUCGGACACAUCUUUUCCAGCUUCAUCCUGCUUCUUCCCAACAGAGAACGCUGAAACAGACACAUUCAUGCCGGAGACACAAAGCACUGGACUCACGCCGGCCUCCACAUCAGAGUCUCCUGUCCUGUCCUCUCCUGUCCUGUCCUCUCCUGUGCUCUCCUCUCCCCGCUCAUCGUCCCCUCCGCGCUCAUCGUCCCCUCCGCGCUCAUCGUCCCCUCCCCUCUGUGCCACCAACCCCGAGGAGAGCCCCAAUGCUGUGCUCCCAGAACUGGAGCAGUCGCGACAGAGGACUGAACCCCAGCCUCAGAGGGAGAACCCGCGGCCCGUCACGGUGGAGGAGGUGCUCAGGCGACAGCCUCGAUCCGGGUUUCUGCCCAAACGACACGCAUCGGAAUUAAUGAGAGGUCAAAGGUCAGACUGCUAUGGUCCGAGGAGGAUAGCCAGCGCAACUGUGUCCCUCAAGCAGAUGUCGGAGACGCGCAGACGGCCGAUGUCUUUGAGGUGUGACAUGCAGAGAUUAGAGGAGUGCAAUGAGGAGGAGAAGACAGGCCUGAGUCCUGGCCUCUGCUACCUGGAGCAGGUUUGUCAAAUGCUGGAGGAAGUUGCCAGACAACAGAUGCAGAACAGCACCACACUGACAGAGUUCCAUGCCCCACGGGAGAAUGGAGACAUGCAGGCUCCUGACAGCUGUCAGACGGCAGCUGAGGAGGCGCUCGCCUCAUGUCAAAGGCUCGAAAAUGUGGAAAAUGAAGAGCAGGUUUCCACCGAACCUCCACAGCGUAAGAACUACGGACACUAUCGACAGCGAUCGUCCUCAGACACGACACACAUGAAUUCAGACUGCAGAGGGCAGCAUUUGAGAAGAAAUGACCCUCUGGAAACGACAGAGGAAGAGCACCUUAAGGAGGAAACUAAAACUGACGAGACCAAAAAAAUGACCUGGAGGUCAAAAAUUGCAACUCUGAGAAGAGAGAUGUCUACUGUAAGAGAUACAAGGGGCCAGCAGAUGGAGUCAACUGAGAAAAACACAGCCCGGCGACGGCUUAGCCAGCUCUUCAGGAGGAGGAGGACGACGUUGCCUGUGCGAAUGGACCAACUUCCUGUCGCGCCAUAAUGUUUGGUCAUUUUGGUUUCAGUUCUUUGAAGCAAAAAAAACAAAAAACGGGUGUCUUUAUAAGAUUUGACAUCCUCGUCAAAUGAUGUGCUGUAGCUUCAUCUGCUGUCUUUAUUUAUUACUCAUGGACCUAUGCUGUAUAUAUUUGCCUUGUUUUUUUUAUCUGUAAAAAAAUGUAUCAUGUUUUUAUAUUUUUGAAGCAGCACUAAACACCAUAUGUAUAAUAUGAAACAAAUCGUAUUAAAUUUGUAUUUUGUUGUUUUUUCCUGCAACAAGGAAUAAGGAAAUGAAUACUUCAUAUACAUCAAUGCACUAUAUUGAAUUAUGGACAAAAAGAUUCUUCUGGGGUUAGCGCUGCAGCUAAGCAUAAGGAUACAUAGUAUUUUUACUGUGGGCACUGUAACUAAUAAAAUAUUAUACAACUAUGCUAAAUAACUAAAAUAUUAUAUACUCUGGUGAAGUCUUA